AUGCUUAUGAAGUACCAUAGUUUGACCAUUAGACCAGAUAACAUUUAUGUCCAAGAGAGCAUAGAACAUGAUACCAUUAUUAAAUCAGUCUCGCUGACGCCCUCCGUCUCAGACAGCACAAAAAGAUCCAGCCUUGUUGUUUGCAUUGAUGGAUCCGAAGCAACUUUGUGCAACUUGCUUACAAACACAAUGGAAAGUAAAAUACUGAAUAUCCCAUUGAAGAAAGGAGUCAGGCUGGAAAUAAGAACAGAAGGAGAGAAUGAACUGGACGUCCUAUUCCUUGAAAUAGAGUCGCAUGAAAUAGAGGAAGACGCAGCAAACGAUGCCACCUCCUACAAAGUCAUAAAAGUAUCAGAGAAUGCCCCGUAUAAAAUAGAAAAAACAGAAAUAGCAAAAAUACUUAACAUAUCGAUCAGCAGUGAUGGAGAAAGCGCUCUGAAGGAUAACUCGUCAACAAAGGUAACAAUAAAAGAUGGAAGCGAUAUCAUAAAAAUAACAGACCUAGAGACAGGAGUGAAAGAGUGCGAAGUUGUAGACAUUGAAAUAGACAAUAGAGAGGUGGACAUCGAAGUAGAAGGGCCUGGGUCUGUGGAUAUUUUAGUUCUUGAAAGCAAGGAGCAGGAUAACUGCUGCAAUGAAAGUGAUGCAUGCUGCGAUGAAAACGAUGCGUGCUGCAUACAAGAAAUAACGGAAGAAGAAAACAUGGAAAGUGAGAACGUGUCACAGGACAAUGCAACUCCUCUGACCUCUGCCAUAGACUCAUCCUCUCCCAGCGAGAAAUGCCCAGAAGAGCAGGAGAAAAGCAAAAGCAUAAAAAAAAGGAAAAUGUGCACAGAAGAAAAGACCGAUGAAGAAUCGCCAAAGAAAGUGCACACAGAAGAAGAACUGAACGAAACAGAGAAAACAGCAGCUGCUGCAGAGGACUGGGAGAAGGUUGUAGAAAAGGAAGACGUAAAUGUAUCUACUCUCUCUGAAGGGAUUGGCAGACUCAUUGGAAAACGGUCCGUUAUUUCCACAGAGUACUCAGUUACAUCGGGCGGAGACAAGAACACUUUCCAGGAGAAGGUAAUGGUGCGCCGAGUGCCAGAGCACGUGCACUUGAAGUACUUCUCCGACCUAAUCAGAGGAUCCAGGGAGGGAGCUGUCUUCAAGGCAGACAUCAAGACGGCGAGUAAGAGCACAGAAGUAGUUUUAAAUGUUGGAAAGCUCGAAUAA